AUGAUUAGCGGGGCUACUGGGUACAGUACCGCUGCGGUACAACCAAACUACUGCAAAGGACUACGUGCGCAAGUCAAACCAUCUCCAUUGACUAGAACGAUCAAACCACCGACACAUUCGGCUGGUUCCCGUUCAGCAGGUGACCAGGCAGAGGACAAAGUGAGGGCAUCGUAUGAGCAAGGACUUUUCGAUCAACCUUCUCCUGCUAGUUUGAGUCCAUCGAUGCAACGUAGAACACCAGCUGGCGGAAAACCUACCGAGAAACCUGUUCCUUCUCCAGCUACGAAAAUUCCCGAGGCUGGUCCCUCAAAAGGUGUACCACAGCGACAAUCUCCAGCCACCUCGAAACUCACCACAGGAACACCGGACGUACCAAAACCGUCUAUUCCAACUUCACCGGCACCGUCAAUUGCCACAGGUGCUAGCGAACCUCAGAAAAUUAGUGCACCACAACCCAGCUCGAUAGCAUCCGUUCCGACUUCUGAGAUGUCGGCUUUCAGUCCCUCAGUCUCUGCUGGUGGGAAACACUCACCAGACACUGAACUGGAGCUGACCAACUUACGGGCCGAAAUUCAAACUCUGACUGAGCAGGUGGAAGCUCUACGAGCCAAACGCGAGGAAGAUCGGCAGCGGCUGCAGGAGAUGGAGCGCAUGAAAAUUCAGUUCACACAGUUGGAGGAGAAUCGCCGUCUCAUGAGAGAGCAGGCAGCGGAACUGCAGCGCAACUUGGCCCAAAUUAAAACGGAAAAGGCCGAGGUUCAAGAAGCUUUUGAUCGAUAUCGGGAAGAGAUGUCGGACCUAGUGGAGAAUAUGGAAAUGGCCACAUUAGAUAAAGAAAUGGCUGAAGAAAAAUUGGACUCGCUUAAGAGUGAAUUGGAGGCGCUGAAGGAGCAAGUAGAGGAGCUCACACUGGAGAAUCAGAUUCUUAAAGAGGAGUCUGAAGUCACCGUGUUGGAAUCAGAGGUCAGCCAGUUAACAACCGAAAAGGAGCGUCUUUCGACGGAGCUGAAGCAAUCUCUGGAACAAAUGAUUGAAUUGAAGGAACAGGUGGACGCUGCUUUGGGCGCUGACCAAAUGGUGGGCCAGUUGACGCAAAGAAACUUGGAACUCGAGGAAAAAUUGGAUAGGCUUACGGAGGAACGCAAUGAUCUCGAGGCGCUUUGCGAAAUGAACGAUGAACUGCAAGAGAAUGCUCGCGAAACGGAACGUGAGUUACGUGAAGAAAUCGAACAGGGACGAGUAAAGAUCGGACAGUUGGCACGGCAUCUCGAUGCCACUCGUGAAACGGUCGCGGACUACGAGAAAACACUGGGUAAAUUCCGUGACUUGGUGACGGAGCUGCAGGCACAGAACGCAGAUCUACGUCGUUCUCUAGCUGAUGGGCAGCGUCAGCAACAAGAAUCUGUGCAACAGAAGUCUCUUGCUCAAGUACCUCCCGAAACGCUGUUAUCCACAACUUCUUUGAUUUCCCAAACAAAGACAAUGGCCAAGAUGAUUGAGGCCGAGCUUCGCCGCAUGGAGGCCGAGUUUAGUACGGCUCACGUUCAGCGGUUGACCGCUUUCCUUCCGGAAUCAUUCAUACGUCGCGGUGGAGAUAACGAUGCUCUCCUUGUGUUACUUCUAGUUGAUCGGUUGGCUGCCAAAUCCAACAUUUUAGCCACUCAUCUAACCGAGCGAUAUCCACUACCGUCGUGUAUUCCUGGACAAGCGAAAACUCAACCUGUCCUGACCCCUUCGGACACGGGCUCAGCUGGUACAGGAUUAGAUUCUGCGAAACAAGCGGAUGAUAUUCGAUUGCCUGGAUCAGCACAGCCCCUUCCACCAAUGACUAAAAAUAAGGCAGAAUUCUACAGCUUCAUUACCUGCACCGUCUACCUGCUGAGACGAUGGGCUGCGCUUCUGGCGCACUACAAACAGGUCCUCUCCGGAUGCAGCAUGGAACUGUACCUCAAAUUGGGUUCCCUUUACGGAGAAAUGGCAGCUCACGAACAAAGCAUUGAUCGACUACUGGAGCUCUGCAAAAAGGAUCAACUGGAUGAAAAUACUUCGCUGGAACCCCUACUAGCAUCAAUCGGUUAUUUUGUCCAACUUCGGUCGGUCCAUCUGGCAAACGAACCUGUGCUGGACUGUUACACAAAGCUGUUGGACUUCGUCUCUUGUGUUCUUGCGGCGUCCGAUGCUUUGGCCACCGAUUCAACUGCUCUAAUGCUACUCACUGGGCAGCAACUAGAUUCCCUGGAACAGGCUGCCACUGAAGCCGCUGCGUCUGUUGGUGGUCCCAUGGGGAUCACUGGAGAUCAUCAGCCCACAACAACUACUACGUCAUCUGCAGGCUCACCUGGCGGUUUGCUAGGCCUGUUGAUGGACGUAAUUCGCUUCGCAACAGUAACACGGAUCACCGCUCGGCGUGUCCGUCGACGCCUCCCCAAGGAUCGCAACACGCAGCCCAUCUCGUUUAGCUCCGAUGUUUCCACCAAUUUGGAUAGGACCGUGUCUCUGCUAAGUGACGUGGUCGCCGUUUUGCGGGAAACUACUCGUAAAUCUGGACGACUAACGGUUCGUCAAGUGGAGGAUUCUGGCGACUUGAAACCUAACACUGUUUUCACGGAGUGCCUAGUCGAAGCUGUCAAAGAGCGGUUUUCAGCAGGUCCUUCAAGUUCCGUCCAACCAGACCUCUCAAUUCGAACCUACUUGGGACAAGUCCGUGAACUGGUCGCGCAGGUUGCGCUAGCGAUGGAAAAUGGAGAGUAUGAUUUCGAUGGCACGAAACAACCCAAACCCCAAGAACCAUACACCCUGCGCGCAAUCGCCUAUAAGCAAGCUCAGGCUGACCUUGAGGGUUGCCGUGCCAAACUUGAAAUCAAAGAAGAAGAGGUUCGAGAACUGCAGAUGACCAUAAAGUCACGUGCCAACGAGCUGAGUGAGAUGUCUGUCCGCCUGGGUUUGGCUGAAAAGCGUUUGGAAAACGCAGGAAAGGGUAAUGAGGAGAAACCCCAAGAACCAUACACCCUGCGCGCAAUCGCCUAUAAGCAAGCUCAGGCUGACCUUGAGGGUUGCCGUGCCAAACUUGAAAUCAAAGAAGAAGAGGUUCGAGAACUGCAGAUGACCAUAAAGUCACGUGCCAACGAGCUGAGUGAGAUGUCUGUCCGCCUGGGUUUGGCUGAAAAGCGUUUGGAAAACGCAGGAAAGGGUAAUGAGGAGAAAGUUAGUCGUUUGGAGCAACGGCUAGAACAAAUGGAAGCUCAACAGAAGCGUCAGGAACAUGAACACGAACAAACGGUCGAUGCGUUGCAGGCCGAUUUAGAAGCGUUGGAACAAGAGAAGGCAGAAUUAAAAGAAAAGUUGAAAUCUUUGAGUAAAAAGGCUCUCCUGGAAGGUCUAAUCAAGAUGCCAAUAGCUUCGGGUUCGCCUGGUUCUCGUCAGUCGCCUUCACCUGGUUCUUCGGACGUCCAGAAGGGGACACAACCGCAGGCCACCCCAAGUACACCUAGCUCUCGUGGGCUGGGAAGAGAUUCGGCAUUCAUGUUAACUGAGAUUGAUGCCCUGAGGGAGGCGCUGCGUGGUAUGAUGGCUGAAAAUUCUCGACUGCGAGGUGAAAAGAUGAAACUUCAGCUACAGAGUCUAAAGCCUUUGAAGCGACCGCCGGUACGUCGGCGUGCGCCACCGGAUGGGAUUACCGGGGACACUGUCACCACUUCGGAUGCGGAAAAUAUUCCACCACCCAAAACUAGUUCCCUAUGGAAAAUAUCGCAACAGUUGUCAGAUUUGCAGCAACAAAUCUACUCAGUAAUGGCUCAUCCAAAAGUGGUGCUUCUUCCUCAACCCGUUGGUGCCAAACUGACCUCUCCCUCGUCUGGUGCCGGCGACAGUUCUGAGCAAGUCCCAUCGACCACAGCUCCUUCUUCGUCAACACCUAGUGCUACCAGCCAGUUACUUAAGCAAACAGCCUAUCUUGUUCAAUUAAAGGAUGAACUGGAACAGCUGCAGCGUAAAGCCAACGAAGCGAUGAAAGUGGAACUACCACAGGGCUUUAUCCGUGGUGACUUUACUAGUUUUCCGUCGUCACGUCUGCAGGAAAUUCUCACCCCCGCAGAGCCGUCUGAAACGGAUAAACUUGUGUCACGACUAAUUCUACCCCGCCAUGAUGAGUCGAGCCCCGCGGUUGUCAAGCUUUCGUUAUCAUCGUCACAAAUAAGGUCUAUGCACGCUCAUCUGCUUUCAAUGCAUUGACUCCAUUGACACAAUAUAUCUGUCGUCCGUGGGCUGCAACAACGCAGCCGCAUACAUGACCUAACCCAACUCACUACGUUCGAUCCACUGACCGUUUUCUUUCAACCUCAGUUCACCGUGUCAGACGUACUUAUCAUAUUGACCGUGUUUUAUCGGUGGUGUUUCCUUCGAUAUUAUAACAAUUCUUCUCAGUUAGUUGGUACUAGUUUCAUUGACCUGGUUUGCUAACUCUGGAAACUGC